AUGGCUUCCCCUCAGACCUUGUCCGAUCCCUCUCACACGUCCCUACAUUCCGAUGCCAAGCACGAGACCGUUACGUCCAGAUCGACAGCUCCUUUACUCUCACGGAACAACACCCGCACUCUGCCUCGACACCGUCGGGCCAACACUGAAUACAUUGCCCAACCCCCACUCUUGGAAGAAGGUCUCGACACAGUAUCAGACCGCCCGCGAAACACCCCUUGGAACGACACCUUCCCCAAGAAGAAGUUCGAAGCAAGAGCCAGAGUUCUGUCAGACUGGUUCCAGGGCAAAUCAGACCUGGACUCGAGAGUCAAAAUGGGACCUAACGGUGCCUCAGAGGGCGCGGGGAUGGAUACCCGUCCAGCUUCAACAUCCAUGACACAUUCGCGAAAGAACUCGGCCCCAGUGACGAAUCGGUUUAACUUCUUCGGCCUACGGCGACAAGAAGCCAAACCUGUCUUUCCCGAACCAGCCGACGACGAGUUCCUCAACCUCGAUAUAACUGCUGCUCUAUCAUUACCUGACUCGGACACCAGCGACAACGAGGCGCUGGAUGUCCUCCGAGACCAGGCCGACCAGGUGCUUCGACGAAUGCAAGAGGCCUACAAACAGCGCACGUUUGCCAUGCAUCAGGCGCUGGCCGAUAAGAACGAGAAGCAAGAGGAGUUGGAAGAGACUCGUGCCAGAGUCGAUCAUUUAAAGAUCCAGCUCGAUGGCAUGGCGGCCAAGGUGCUUGACCAGGAGAAAGCCAUGCAGGCCAUGGCCGACGAGCUGGAGCAAGAAAGGAACCUCCGGAAGGAGGAAUCUCACAGCCGCAGUCUCACUAUGCGCGCAGUACACGAAGAUGACGAUGUUCCGUCCAUGGCACUCCAGACUCCCCGUCGCGGUGGCAAGCGUGCCAGCCAUAGCACCUUCACUAGCGACUCCGGGUUUGAGUCGGGUGAUGAGAGUGUUGCCGAUAGCAUCUUCUCGCAGCGCGAAGGUGUUGAGUCUCCCAACUCCACCCUUGCAGCACCUUCUCCGAAUAUGUCUCAAAUCGCCUUGUCUACGCCAACUGCCCCAACUCCCACUCCCACAAUCCAGAAGAAUCUGGUCGCGGCUACUGGUGCACCGCCACCUGCUCGUUCCUCGGCGUAUGAUCGCGUUUUGAAGGGGCUUGCUUCAACGCGGUUAGGUAGCUCUUUCGGCGGUAACUCUUCGAAUUGCACCAACUGCCAUGGUGUACCAGCCUCAGAGGCUUGGAGCGUGAUGGGUGUUCUGAAAGAUGAGAACCGGGGUCUGAAGACUCGCCUGGGUGAGCUCGAAUUGGUUAUUGAUGACUGUUUGGGUCUCGUUGGCCCUUGA